AUGGAUGUAAAUUUUGAGGUGCAAAGAGGGGAGUCGUUCUCCAUUGAAGUGGGCUUCUUCGACACUGUAAUGGAGAUGAAAGAGACGGUGGAAAAGUAUCAUGGCAUUCCAGUUUCCAAGCAAACUCUCAUCUUCAAUGGCCAAGUUCUCCCAGACGACGGGGACAUUUGGAAGUGCGAAAUCUUUCAUAACUCCCGCAUUCAGGUCCUUGUAGCCCCAGACGAUGCCGCCGCCGCUGCCGCUGACAAGGUCAAGACCGAGGAGUUUUCUCCGCCCACUAAGAUUCACCUCCUGAUCAACGUCUCAACAGCUUCCUCAACAUCGCACAUUUCUCAUGAAGUGGACUUAAACGACACCGUCCUGAGGCUGAAGGAGAGGAUUCAGCGCAUGCAAGCCAAGCCAGUCAACAGGUUGCUUUUGCAUGGAACAGAUACCGAACUGCAUGAUCAUCAGUUGUUGCGAGAUUGCAACAUUUCGGAUUACACCGAGAUCGACGUGAGUUUUAGAACAUGGCCCACAGCUUCAUCCGGUGGCGGCGGCGGUGGGGGAAGCUGCGGAGGAGGAGGGUCAAAGAAGUUGAAGCUGAUGGUGUUGCCUAAGAGCGGGACAAAGAAGAUACAGGUGGAAGUGAAUGCUUCGGACAAUGUGGGAGAGUUAAGGAAUGAGUUGCAGAAGUUGCACCAGAGGCUUCAAUUUCAUCUUCCACAAGAAGGUUACUUUUUCAUUUACAAGCAGAUUGUUAUGGAUGAUGAUAAGUCUUUCCGCUGGCACCAUGUUUGUCAGGGCGACACCAUUGAAAUCUUUAAUGGAAGCGUCACCGGUGGGUCAUGA